AUGGUGCAGCGCCUGCGCGAUUGCUCCGAUUGGGCAGCUGCCUUGAUUGACAUGAAGGAUGUCCUGGCCAAUAUGAUCGCUCCUUUGUCCCUUGAUCAAACCCUGGGCUUUAUGACGGACAUUGCCAAGUACUUGGUUGAGGAGAAUGUUUCCACAUGCGGCUCGAGCCGUGCUUUGUUUUGCUUCUUGGGCACUGCGGGUGGUUCAUCUGAUGGUUUUGCCCUUUCCUGCAUCGUGCCAACAUCUACAAUCACUGCAGAAGAGGCCAAAACAAUUUCAGCCCAAGUGCAGGUGAACAGCUUGAACUUUUGGGUGGACAAGUUGAGAAGCACCAAUACCCCUGACAUCCUUGAAAACAUCUUGGCAAGCCUCCCACUGCACUGGUACUCCCCUGACUGCGUGAGGACUGCCAUUCCGACAGGUGCGCCAUUGACUCUUGAUCAGUCCACAGGUGUGGCGACAAAAAUCUUGCAGGAUCUCCAGAAGUUCUUUGCCUGUGUCAAGGCAGUGCAGCAGGUAGCUUGGUCCAAUGAGGAUAAGGUUGAGCUCAAGACUAUCGUGUCUAGCAAUUGCUACUCAGCUCGCACUGCACUGGUGUUCAAGAGCAACGCAGCUUUGAGGAACAUGUGGGAGCAUGCAGUCGGCAUCUCCAAGACCUUGCUUGACGAGAGGACAGCGUGCGCAAAGGCUCUUGAUCUGGCCAAGGCGAUGUCAGAAGUGACUGAAGCAAUGAAGGCUCCUUCCCGCCCAUCGAAUGCCUUGCAGGAGAAGUUCAAGCGUUUGGCAUCUGUCACCGAUUGCCAGCAUCUCUUGGCCCAGUCAGCUGACCUUUCAGACGAUGUUGUGAAUGGAAAAGCUGCCUUGAAAACCUCCUUGGAUGCGUUUUCAGCUGCCAAGCCAGACUUUGCGGAGUGCUCCACCCACUUCCAGAAGUAUUUGGAUGCUCAGUGGUCAUCUUCGUUUGCGCUUGCAAACUUGGAGUCAAAUGAAGCCGCUUCCCACCUUACACCAUGCUGGUAUUCAGGACUUGCCAAGUGCUACGUGGACAAGACAGGGACCUACUCAGAGCAGUCAGUGGCCUUCCUGGUUAGCUCCAUGGCUGAAGCCUUUCUGGACUUUGCAGAGUUGGAUGGCCAGCCUGGUCUUGUGGAGGCUUUGUCUCUGUGGCAAUGCAUUAGGAAGGGCUUGCAGCCAUUGCAAAACACACCUGCCACCAAAACAGAACUUCCGCAGUUGCAUUCUCUCCGGGCUGCAGCUGACCGGCUGGCAGACUUGAUCCAGAAUGGUGGCGCUGCUUUCAUCAAGACCUCCAUUGAGAAGGCAGGUGGCCUCAAGGCGGCAAUGAACCUUUUGGACAAGGAGUUCAAAGACCCAUUGCCAACUGGUUUGGGCAAGUAUUUGCAUGCAGUCCGCACAUGUUCCGCUUGGGGUGAGAAGGCCUUGGACACGUCCUUGGUGGCAGAUGCUGAGCCCAAUUGCUUGCAGAUGCACCUCAACACCUUCACAAAAGCCCAAGGCCUUGACAUGUCCUUCCUGGAGACAACGCUCCCCGAGUCCUGCACCACAGUGACCAAGUUCAUGGACAACUACAAGAGCAAGCUGGCCGAGUGGUUGAAGAAGUUGGACGUUUUGCUCAACAGCGGGAAUAGCACUCUGGAACCAUACAGGUCUGUGGUGGGUGCGAUUGAGCGCUGGGAUCUUGACAGUGUCUCCUGGGUUUUCUCAGGUGGCAGCGAUCAGAACAAGAAGGUGACCAGGGAAGUGAAAAGCAUUGAGUCGACGCACAAGAUGCUGGGCCACUCACUGCCGUUGCUUCGUGCUUUGGCCUUGACCAGCAAGCACGCGGACAUUGACAUUGGUGAUUGUGGUGAGAAGGUGGCAGAGAUCCAGAAGAGCGUGCAGGAUUUUCGGGCAACUGCAGCCAUGAUCUUGGCUGUGGUGAGCGCAGCUGACUUGUUCAUCAACCCGGACAACCAUCCCGACCCUAAGGCUUCCCAGGUGAAGAUUGUGCAGUUCAUGGCCGCCACUCUCGGCAUCAGCAAGUCGGAUUUGCCAGAAUCUUUGAGGUCAAGGAUGGAACCACCUCCACCUGAAGAAGAGCCCAACAAGCGGAAGCCUGCUCCCAAGCGCAAAAGGGUGCCAAAGGCUCAGGCCGAGCUUGAGGGUGAUGAGGAGCAAGACGAGAACGUGAACAAGAGAUCCCGAAAGGCAGCGAACCCUACCACCAAAAAACGUGGUAGGAAGUGA